GAAGAAGAGAGACUCGCUUCUCUGAUCGGAAAAUGUCCGAAUAUGCGAGUUUUACAGCAAAUCCACUCCUAUAUCCUUACUCGAUCGCUACCUUUCUCCACCCUGUGCUUCUCUCUCUCGAAAAUCAUCAGUCAUUGUGCUCUCUCUCCUGUCGGCAAUAUUCUAUAUGCCGAAAGACUACUCUUUCAAGCUCCAAAUCCAAACAUUUUCUCUUGGAAUUCCGUCAUUAGAGGUUUCUCCAAAUCCCAGAUCUCACCAACAUCACAAUCCAUUUCCAUCUUCAGAAGCUUGAUCAGAAGAGGAUGCCCAAACCCGAAUACUUAUACGCUUGCAUUUGUUUUGAAAGCCUGCAUGAUAUUACAAGCGUUUCAAGAAGGCCAGCAGGUCCAUUCAUACGUAAUCCGACAUGGGUUUUCAUCGAGUUCCUUUUUGCAGUCGUCGUUUGUUGGUUUCUAUGCAAAAUGUGAGGAGAUCAUGUUUGCACGGAAAGUGUUCGAUGAAAUUCCGGAGAGAAAUAUGAUUGCUUGGAGUACUAUGAUUAGUGGGUAUGCUAAACUUGAUAUGUUCAGUGAGGCGUUGGAUUCAUUUAUAAGUAUGCAGAAGGCAGGUGUUGUUCCUGAUGAGGUGACGAUGGCUAGCGUGAUCUCGGCUUGUGCCGGUUUGGGGGCUCUAGAUGUCGGUCAGUGGGCGCAUGCUUAUAUUAAGAAACGGAGUAUUGCGAUCGAUACUAAGCUCAGUACCGCACUUAUUAAUAUGUACGCAAAAUGCGGGUGCAUAGAAAAAGCGAGAGAAGUUUUUGAUGAAAUGCCCGCCAAAGAUCCACAAGCUUGGAGCUCAAUGAUUAUCGGGUUUGCAAUUCACGGGCAUGCUGAUGAUGUUUUUAGUCUAUUUGCCGAUAUGGAAGGAUCCCAGGUGAAACCCAAUCAAGUAGCAUUUCUUGGUGUGUUACUAGCAUGUGUCCAUGGUCAACUAGUCUCCGAGGGACGAAGACGUUGGGCUAGCAUGCUCGAGUUGGGAAUUGAACCAUCGGUUGAGCAUUACAGUUGCAUGGUCGAUAUAUUUUGUCGUGCCAAUUUGUUUGAAGAAGCUUACACGUUCAUCAGAAACAUGCCCAUUGAACCUGAUCCAGUAAUCUGGAGAACUUUUCUUGUCGCGUGCAAGAAAAACAAGGACAUGGUUCGAGGAGAGAUAGCCAGUCAACAACUACUUGAAUCCGAACCAUCUAAUCCCGAAAACUACGCCCUUUUAUCGAGCUUUUACGCAGCUUGUUCAGAAUGGUCUAAAAUGGGGCAUAUUAGGAAACAAAUGAGAGAUAAGGGUAUGAAAACCGUACCCGGGUGUAGCUCCAUAGAAGUUGAUGGAUUCAUUAAUGAAUUUGUGUUGGGUGAUUGGUCUCACCCUGAGUCGAACGAGAUAAGGGAAGUAUUAGGUGAUAUUUUGAAACGGCUUAACUCUUUGGGGUACAGACCAGAUGUUUCGGGAGUACUUCAUGACGUGGAAGAUGAAGCGAAGAAAGAAGCUCUUUGUGAGCAUAGUGAACGAUUAGCGAUUGCAUAUGGGAUCAUGAAGACGAAAGCACCUGUUGUGAUUCGGGUUGUGAAAAACCUCCGAGUUUGUGACGAUUGCCAUGAAGUGACGAAGAUUAUUAGCGCGGUUUAUGAGCGAGAGAUCGUUGUUAGGGACCGAGUUCGGUUUCACCGAUUUGUGGGUGGAUCUUGUUCUUGCAAGGAUAUUUGGUGAGCCAAGACUUGUUGAAUCCGUUCCUGCUGAUCAACGUGGUUGGAAACAAUCAUUAUUUGUUUUCAUUAAGCCAAGACUUGUUGAGGUUUAUCUCUUAUGAAUUACUAGGAGGGUAUUCGUAUAAUGCAGCGAGAUACAUUUCGAUUUUAAUGUUUUUUUUGUCUCAGCCGAUGUUAUA